AUGGAGUUAUUGCUAUUACAAGGUGAUGGGACAUUUUCGCAGUACAUUGAAACUAUUAUCAAUAAUGCUUAUCAACAAGCGAAAAAGAUAAUUGUUAAAUUGAAAAUGUCAGCUCUACUGAAACAAAACAAAGCGUUAGAAUUAAAUGAUUUGAAUUUAUAUGUACGUAAUCAUUUGACUAAUACAAAUGAUCAUUCAACACUCGCCGAUCAGUAUGAAUCGGAAUCCGAUUCGGACAAUGAAACAACAACGGAUAAUGAACGACAUGGUGAUGAUAAAACUGAAAGUGAUUGCGACAGUGAAAAUGAAACAGAGUUAAACGAGGUAUUAAGAUCAAAAACGAAAACUUUCCCCGGUAUCCGAUUACUGAAAACAAUCAAUCCAACAUUGGGUGAUUCCUACUUCGAUAUAAAAAUUAAUGUGGAACAUAAAUUUCUUCAUAAACAAACAGCGUGUUGGUUGUUAACUGAUAAAAAUACUCGUUUAUCAUCAGAUAGAUUAACGCGAGUAGUCGAAAUGAGUAAACGGGAUUAA